AUGACGUCCGCCCACGGUUUUGUGGCCGAAGAGGAACGCCUCUUUGAAGUCGAUCGUCCGGCGGCGACACUGAACAUUCUGUCAACCGCGGACCUCAGUGUUUUUGCGCCGUUGGUCGAAGCCUUCCAGGCCCGCAAUCCUACUGUUGAAGUACACUAUGUGACCGCGUCGAGCAGCGAACUCAUGAAAGCUCUUUAUGAAGAGGACGCGGAGUUCGACAUUGCAAUUUCAUCUGCCAUGGAUCUUCAGACAAAGCUCGUGAAUGACGGGUUCGCAGAGCGUUAUGUUUCAACGGAAACCGCGUCGCUGCCGGAUUGGGCGAAGUGGCGAGAUCGCCUUUACGCCUUCACACAGGAACCGGCGGUCCUUGUGUACUCGAAGAUUGCGUUCGAAGGUCUUCCACAGCCGACAAAUCGCGAUGAACUUAUCGCCCUGCUGCGCGAAAACCCGGACCGUUUCCAGGGCAGGGUAGGUACCUAUGACAUCCGGGAAAGCGGCGCCGGCUAUCUGUUCGCAACGCAGGAUUCGCGCCAGUCCGAGUCGCUCUGGCGCAUGGCAGAAGUAAUGGGCCGGCUCGACGCCCGGCUCUAUUGCUGUUCCAGCCGGAUGAUCCGUGAUGUGGUCGAGGGGCGAUUGGCGCUCGCCUACAAUGUUCUUGGAAGCUAUGCAGCUGCGCACCUUGCCGACAACACGGAUCUGGGCAUUCUUCAGUUCAGUGAUUUCACGACCGUGAUGUUGCGCACCGUGCUGAUACCCAAGACAGCCGGAAAUCUCGAUCUGGCCGGACAAUUCGUCGAUUUCCUGGUGUCGGAAGACAACCGCGACCUGAUUGAGGAUCUGACCGGGCUACCGGCCAUUGAUCCGGGUGUCCUGCAACGCGAGGCCGCCUUCCGUCCGAUACGGCUUGGUCCGGGAUUGCUGGUGUAUCUGGACCAGUUGAAACGGCGAACCUUCAUACGGGCGUGGCUCAACGCCAUGGUUCAGCCCUAG